AUGCCUGAAUCCAAACAUUCACACAUUUCCUUAGACCACGAGUCUAUGCUUCAACCUCCAAAAGGGUUCUUUGAAAGAUCUAAAUCCAAGCCAAACUUGGCUGAUUUCGCUACCUAUCAAAAAUUAUAUCGUCAAUCGAUUGAAAACCCCAAUGAAUUCUUUGGCGAACAAGCUAAACAAUUUUUGGACUGGUACAAACCAUUUGACUUGGCUAGAUUUCCAGCUUCAAGUGAAGAUGAUUUCAAAAAUGGUGAUUUACCAGCUUGGUUCGUUAAUGGUGAAUUGAAUGCUUGUUAUAAUGCAGUUGAUAGAUGGGCUAUCAAGAACCCAAACAAACCAGCUAUUAUUUACGAAGCUGAUGAGGUCAAUGAAGGUAGAAUUAUCACCUAUGGAGAAUUGUUGAAAGAAGUUAGUAAAUUGGCUCAAGCUUUGGUUAAAUUGGGGGUUAAAAAGGGUGAUUCAGUAGCUGUUUAUUUACCAAUGAUUCCUGAAGCUAUCGUUACUUUAUUGGCAAUUGUUCGUAUUGGUGCCAUUCAUUCAGUGGUGUUUGCUGGAUUUUCAAGUGCUUCUUUAAGAGACAGGAUCUUGGAUGCUGAUUCAAGAAUUGUUAUUACUGCUGAUGAAUCCAAGAGAGGUGGUAAAACUAUUGAAACAAAGAGAAUUGUUGAUGACGCAUUGAAAGAAUGCCCAGAUGUUAGAAAUGUCAUUGUUUUCAAGAGAACUGGUAACUCUCAUGUCCCAUUCACUAAAGGUAGAGAUUUAUGGUGGCAUGAAGAAUUGGCUAAAUAUGGUUCAUAUUUCCCACCAACACCAGUCAAUUCUGAAGAUCCAUUGUUCUUGUUGUACACUUCAGGAUCUACUGGUAAACCAAAGGGUGUCCAACAUACAACUGCUGGUUACUUAUUAGGAGCAUUACUUACUACCAAGUAUGUAUUUGAUGUUCAUGAGGAUGACAUUUUGUUUACUGCUGGUGAUAUUGGUUGGAUUACUGGUCAUACAUAUGUUGUUUACGGUCCAUUAUUGAAUGGUGCUACAUCAGUUGUAUUUGAAGGUACUCCAGCAUACCCUAAUUUCUCAAGAUACUGGGAAAUAGUUGACAAGUACAAGGUUAAUCAAUUUUACGUUGCUCCAACUGCUUUAAGAUUGUUGAAACGCGCAGGCACCAAGUUUGUUCAACCGUAUGAUUUAAGUUCAAUAAGAGUAUUGGGUUCAGUUGGUGAACCAAUUGCUGCUGAAGUAUGGCAUUGGUACAAUGACAAUAUUGGUAGAGGCAAGGCUCACAUUGUUGAUACUUAUUGGCAAACCGAAUCCGGCUCUCAUUUGUUGACUCCAUUGGCUGGUGUUACCCCAACUAAACCCGGAUCAGCUUCAUUGCCAUUCUUUGGGGUUGACCCUAAGAUUUUGGACCCAACUACUGGUAAAGAAUUGGAAGGUAAUGAUGUUGAAGGUGUUUUGGCAGUUAAAUCAGCAUGGCCCUCAAUCACCAGAGGUAUCUUCAAUGAUUACAAUAGAUUUAUUGACACCUACUUGGCACCAUAUCCAAACCAUUAUUUUACUGGUGACGGGGCUGCUCGUGAUUUGGACGGAUUCUAUUGGAUUUUGGGUAGAGUUGAUGAUGUUGUCAAUGUAAGUGGUCACAGAUUAUCUACUGCUGAAAUUGAAGCCGCUUUGAUUGAACAUGAUUUGGUUGCCGAAAGUGCUGUUGUUGGAUACGCUGAUGACUUGACUGGUCAAGCUGUUGCUGCGUAUGUUUCAUUAAAGAAGGACAAAUUGAGUGAUAAUGAAGAUAUGGAUGCCGUGAAGAAGGAAUUAAUUUUGACGGUUCGUAAAGAAAUUGGACCAUUUGCUGCACCAAAAUUGAUUUUAUUGGUUGAUGAUUUACCAAAAACUAGAUCAGGUAAGAUUAUGAGACGUAUUUUACGUAAAGUCUUGGCUGGUGAAGCUGACCAAUUGGGUGAUAUUUCAACUUUAUCUAAUCCACAAGUUGUUCAACAAAUCAUUGAUGUUGUUGAUGAAGCAGUCAAAAAGUGA